AUGCCUAAUUGUGUUGUUAUUCGACCAUCAGAUGCAAAUGAAACACGUGUAGCAUGGAAGAUAGCUAUUGAAAGAACUAAUGGACCAACUCUUUUGAUUAUGGCAAGACAAAAUAGUAAGAUUAUUGAUAGAACUGUUUUUGCAUCAUCAGAAAAUGUAAGAAAAGGAGGAUAUGUUUUAAGAGAUUAUGGAACACCAGAAAUCAUUCUUAUGGCUACAGGAACAGAAGUAGAUAUUGCUAUUAAUGCAGCAGAGAAACUUCAUAAGGAAGGACUUGGAGUUAGAGUUGUUUCACUUCCAUCAUGGGAAUUAUUCAGUCAACAAAGUGAUGAAUAUAGAGAGUCAGUUCUUCCAAGAAAGAUUCAUGCUCGAGUAUCAGUCGAAGCAUCAUCAACUAUGGGAUGGGAGAAGUUUAUUGGAGAUUGUGGUGUUGCUGUUGGAAUGCAUUCAUUUGGAGCAUCAGCACCAAUCAAUAAGUUGUAUGAGAAGUUUGGUAUUACCUCAGACAAAGUUGUUGAAGCUGCACACAAAUCAAUCGAAAAUGUUAAGAAUUGGUAA